UCUCCGAUUUGGAUAAAACCUUAUGAAAAGCUUCAUUUAGGAAUAAAGUGAAAGAGAUUAAAGACAUUUUUGGCGACUUGUAUGAUAAAGCCAAUUUUUAACAUAAAAUGAUAAAAAUGUGGGUAAACGUUUUAUUUCAUACAGUCAACCUUAAAUAACUUUAAAUUGACAUAUGUUGUCGUUGCCAUGACCCUAAAUGACCUCUAGUAGAUUUUAACCAUCGCUUGUUAUUUGUUUAAAAAAGUUAUUAACAAAUAAAGUUGACAAUGUAAACGUGUAUUUUUUAACAAAGUAAAAUUUACUUAAAGAAUCUCCGCCCACUUCCUCCAGAGAGUACAAAAUCCGACCAGAGUUGAAGUAAUUUUUUGCAAUAAUUUUUUUAUAGUUUUCCGGGGAGGGCGGAGAAGUGGAAAUGCAUACAAGCAUCAAAUAAAUAAUUAAAUUGAUUAACAAUUUAAUUUUGUAAUAUUACAAUCAGAUUCUUCUUUAAAGCUGUGUUUUAAGUCCGGAAAAAUUGCGGUGCGCAGUUUGGGAAAAUCUUGUAAAUGUUUAUAAAUUCACGUAGAAACAAAUUAUUGAGCAUUAAGAACUGUUUUCGAUCGGUAAUACCAUAUUUAUUAUAUUAAUUUGUAAAUAUUUAAAUUAUUGCAACAUAAAAAUUCUUAAAAAUAUUUUAAUAAUGUAAUGACACAACGCAUCUAUCCACUUACAAAAUAUAUAAUUUUACUUUUAUAAUUAUCUUAAUUUGCGCUUAACAUUAACCGGUUAUAUUUCCUUGUUUGCAUUUGCAAGUAUUUAAUUAGCUACUUUAUUGAUUAACUUCGUUAAUUAAUUUUAAUGCACUUUUUUAAUUAAUUAAUGCACAUCAUUAAUACAUUUAAUUUACUUAAAAUUGUGUUACGCCUAUAGAAAGCACGCAAUUUCAUAUUAAACAAGUUAUGUUCUUCAUUCUGUGUGAAAGUGCACCAAAGAAAAUUCACGACGUACGCGUUCGUCAAAGUGUUUUGCUUCUAUAAUAGAAAAAAUUUUUUAUUUUUUUUAUAAAAUAUUUUAAAUUGCAAGGAUCUAUAGUAUAUAAUCAACAUUCUCUGUAAAACGUAUUGAUUAGCAAGAAAAUAAGAAGCGAAAAUGGACGAAGAGAUUCAUGUACAAGUGAAGGACAACUCUUCAUCGAUAGAAGCAAAAAUGAAGGAAGAGAUUCAUGCAGAAGUGAGAAUCGUUGAUAAAGCGCAUCUUACGUUCAAUAUCGUACACUUCCUGGCUUCUGGGCGUCGGUGUAGAACAUCCGCGAAAAUGUCCCAAGACUAUAACGAUAACCACACGUAUAAUUUACAUGGCUGUGUUCCUUUAGCAUGAUGUACAUUUUUCGAAGUGCGACCACCAUUAGAAGAUUUGAACGGCGAGCAAAGUUCUAUUUGUGACAGCAGACACAAUUUGAGUUAUAUUGUCAGGGAAAAUUUUUUGCGUAAAAAUUUGGAUCGAGUGUGUGUCACAAAGAAGAUCAAUGAUUUUUCGAGUCAACUGCAACAGCGUCGAGUAGCAUUUAUGGCCUGCAAUUUCUUCGAAAUAAAUAAUAGUUUGUUCAGAGUUGUAAGUGCAUUAUUUGUUUAUCACAAUUAUUGUAGAACUAGUUCUUUUCGAAUUUUAACGUAAAUACAAUAGUUAUAAGAACAAAAUUAAAUAAAGUAAAUUUGUUUUUUAGUUUGUCGGGUUGAUUAUCACUUAUCUAAUAAUUAUUACUUAACUUCAACGAGAAUCUGAUAAAGAUUUUCGCGAACAAAUUGUAGAAGAUAUUUGAAGAAGUCUACAAAAGGCUAUUUUGGAAAUGAAAGAAGAAAUUUUGGGAAAGUUUUUAAAAAAAACCAGACGGAUUCGUAGAAUUAACAAGAUUUUGUUACGUUAAAAACUCAGAGAUCUUAUCAUUGAUUAUUAUACUGUCUUGUUUUCAUUUGCUCAGAUGCAUCCCGUAUAGUGCUCGUAUAGUCAAAAACUUAAUUACCUAUUUUAUUAAUUAAUUAAAUUUAUUAAUUGUUAAAAUAACGUUUUUGUAUUAGCUCAGAUUAAAUAUGAAUAUUUUAAAAACGUACGUUACUCAACGUACAAAGUAUAUUUACAUUUAAACAUUUUUAAAAUGUUUAUCUUAUGCAAAUAAUUUUCUAAGACUGCUCGCAACGUAUUGCUUUCGUUGACUUAACAAGCGAUAUUUUUUUUGAGGCCGCACGAGGAGUUUUUCUUUUGCAGAAAGCACGCACGCGCGCGCGCGCGCGCGCGCACACACACACACACACACACACACACACACACACACUGUGCGAAUUUAGUAAAUUUUUGUUACUUGAGAGCAUAAAAUAAAGAGCUCUUCAAAAUAAUUAUCUCAAUUUGUUUAACUAUAAACUUUCAGAAAAAAUAUUUGGUCUAGAUAUAUCUCAGUGAAAAAUACCUUACGAAAUCCAUGUCUAAAUGAUAUCAAUUUAAUUUCAACGUUGAAUCAAUAUCGAAUCAAUUCCAUUAUCAUUUCUCAUUGGGAUAUACUUUGAGCAAUAACUUAAAUUCUUUUAAACUGUAUAAAUCAGAUAAUUUUUAUAAAUUUUUCAUCAUUGAAAACAAAUACACAAACAAAAUUCCUGUAUCACAUCAUAUUUCAGUAAAGAGGAUUUAAAGUUGACAAAAAUGGGACUUUUGAAUUAAAGUACAUAGUUUAAAAAUGUGAUGUAAUAAAGCAAUUUUAUUUAAUAAUUGUUAUUAACAAUAAGAAAUUUAUAAAAAUCAUUUUGUCUAAAUUGUGAUUUAAAAUUUGGGUCAUCCUAUGAUAUUAUUAGAUUGGCUACUUCAAUUUGUUAACUAUAUUAAUUUAAUCUAGUUUCAGUCCACUGCGUCCUAAAAUGGACGUUUCUAAAAAGUCCAAAAUGGCAACAUUGGAUGUUUUUAAAACAUUUUUAAAAUAUUCAUGGAUCUAAUUUAGAUGUUUUUAAUAUAUCCAAAACGUAUAAAAUAUAUAUUUUAAGUAUGUUUUUAAAACGUUACUGUGCUGUCUAGAAGUAUAAUGCAUUUAAUUUAAUGAAACCGCAUCAUGCUUAUAAACAGUAACGCAGUUUGAGUAAUUAAAAUACAUUUACGCACGCAAUCUAAUGUUGCACAAGUAAAACAUUCAUCAUUCUGUGUGAAGCAACAAAGAAAAUUUACAACGUGCGCUUUAUUACAACUAGUCAAAGUGUUUUGCUUAUUACUCGUCUCAAAAAUAAUUUAUGUUACGAGAACAAUUUAUAUUAUGUAAUUAGUAGCUAUACUUUGUAAAACGUGUUGAUUAGCAACAUAAUAAAAAGCAAACAUGGAGAAGUAGAUCCAUGUACAAGUGAAAGACAACUCUCCGUCAAUAGAACGCAUCUUACGUCCAAUAUCAUACGCUUCGUGGUUCCUGGGCGUCGGUGUUGCACAUCCGCGAAAGUGUCCCAAGGCUACAACAAUAACCAUGGGUAUAAUUCAUUUGAUUAUGUAUUUCUAUUACGACAAUGAACACAGUAAAAUCUUCCCUUACGUUUAUCAGUUAGAUAUAUUCGACUCGAUAUAUUGUUUAAGUAAAGUGAUGUGUUAUGUAUUAACCUAUUAUUGCGUUUAUCAAGGAAUUAGACAAUACAACAAGUGGCCUGAACUGAUGGAUAGAUUAAAGGAACUCGAUCAGAAGAUCAAGAAAAAAUAUCUAUGAAUGACCGAUCUUUAAAAAUUAUCGAAGCGCUAGCAGUUUCUGCGACGUUCAUUUCCUAUCCUUUGAUACUGAUCUUUUACUUUUUAUAUUAUUACAUACAUACAAAUCCAAGAUACCUUAAUCUGAUUAAUUAGACAGAUUUUGAGCUUUAAUACAUGUUAUGCCAGUCGUUGAUUAACAGCUUUGUCUUCGACGUCAUCGUUUAUGUGUUAUAUUACAAAUCAAACAGUAAAUAAAUUGAUCAGUUAGUUGGAUGAGUUAUCUGAUGUAUUCUGGAUCGCGUUCAAGAUUAGAAGCGUCAGAAAAUUUCAUAGAGGUAAGCUUUGUGCAUAUAUUAUCUGUUACAAUACAAUAAUACAGAUAAAUAUAGCAUGUAAUAUAUAUAAUUUAUUACGAUCUAUGAAGAGUUUGUGAAGAUAUUACAGUCAAAUUGUAAAUUCUAUUUUGCAGGUGUUUGUGAUCUCGUCAACAUGGUAAAUAAUAUUCACCUAAAUAUAUAAAUGGUCUUUAUCUCCUCUUAGGCUCGGCGACUUACUUUAUUAUGGCUGUAGCUCUGCUAUUCAAAAGUUACAUUUUUGUUAUUCAAAGAGAUGCCGAGUUUAUACUAAUACAGAAUUUUUUUUUGUAUUGCAUAUGUUACGCAAUUCUGUUUGGUUUGCUAGAUUUGUACGAUUGCGCGUCGAUAAUUCAAUAGCACCUGAAGAAUUAUAUAUAAAUUUACAUUGAAUUACAAACCGAAUUUUGAUAAUCAUGAUGCGAGGAAUCAGUCGAGUCUAGAAAUGCGACCUCCACUGGAAGAUCUUGAUGGCAAUCAAAGUUUCACUUGGUGCAGCAGUCACAAUUUGAGUUACGAUAUCAUGGUAAAUCUCUUACAUGGAAAUCUGGAUCAAGAGUGUGUCACAAAAGAAAUCAAUGUUUUUUCGAUUCAACUGCAACAGAAUUGAAUAGUAUUUACGGCUUGUGAUUUCUUUGAAGUAAACAAUGCUGUUCAGAAGUUUUGCCGGUGUAAUCAUCACUUAUCUAGUAAUUGUCAACUUUAUCACCAAUCUGACGAUUUAAGCAUACUAAAAAGCUUAUUUUAAAAAUAACAAAAAACAACCAACUCGCAGAAUUAACAAGCAAAGUUUUAAAUAAAACGGCAAAUACGACUGAGGAAUAAUUGAAGCGCAGUAGUAAAAUAAAUUUCAGGACAUUUUCUAGUUACAACGUUGUAUUCUGUGACGUUUCAGUUCUAUCUUCAUACCAUCUUUAGCAGUAAUUUGUACACAUAUAUAUCUCACUAAUCUACCAAUUGUAAACAUUUCUUCUUUUUUUUUUAAAUUUUUUAUUCCUUUACGUUUUAUAAUAACAUUGUCGUACUUUAUUUCAUAUUGUAUCUAGUUUGUAAAAAUAAAUUAAGAAACUAAAUUAAUAUUAAUUUAAGAGACUAUUAAGUAAUAAGUAACUUAACGAUAUUUGGCUCAAUGGAAUCAAUUAAAUAUACAAAUUAAUGUAAUGCCAAUAAAAGGCCGAUUAGAUCUUCGUGUGUAAAUUUUAUUAUUUGAUACAAAUAAACAGCUAGUUUAGACAUUUCGGUUUCAUGGUUUAGAUCAUCUUUAGUACAAUUAGAAAUAUAUCACCACGCUCAUGAGUGCAGUCGCAAAUUUGGUAGCAAUCUAUGCGUUUAGAUAUAUAACGUUCCUAUGGAAAACACGCGAUCGGAAAUAUUCACGUGUUAUACAAAGACAAAGACAGGCAAAGCAAAACGUACACAACAGAUGAUACGAAACAUAAUAAGGGAUUUACAAUUAGCUGUGGUAUUAGCGGGCGUUCUAACAAAAAAAAAACAUAAUUAACACGCGACGAGAUCGAAUGAGGUGGUGCCGACGAAAUCAAUUAUGCGGGAAGGUUGUCUUAGCCAGCUUGACCACCGUGGCGUGCACUUGGUAAUUUUACUUUUGUAAUUACCUUAAUUUGUUCUUAGCAUUGACACUAUAUUUCCUUGUUUGCAUUUGCACUUGCAAAACUUAAUUAACUACUUAAUUAGUUAAUUAAAAUAAUUAAUUGUUAAAAUGACAUUUUUGUAGUAGUACAAUACACUUAAUUUAGUAAAGUCGCGUUACGCUUAUCAAGGGUAACACAGUUUUAGUUAAUUAAAUGCAUUUACGCACGCAAUCUAAUGUUGCACAAGUAACACGUUUUUCAUUCUGCGUGAAGCACCAGAGAAAAUUCACAACGUGCGCGCUCGUCAAAGUGCUUCGCUUCUAAGUUUAUAACUUGUCUCGAAAAUAAUCUGUGUUACAAAAAUAUAUAAUAUGUAAUAUGUCAGUAGCCAUACUUUGUAAAACGCAUUGAUUAGCAAAAAAAUAAACUAAAAUGGAGGAAGAAAUCCAUGUACAAGUGAAUGACAAUUCUCCGUCGAUAGAGCGCACCUUACGUCCAAUAUCAUAUACCUCCUGGCUCCUGGGUGUCGGUAUUGCACAUCCACGAAAGUGUCCCAAAACUAUAACGAUAAUCAUACGUAUAAUUCAUAUAAUUGUGUGUACCAUUUGCAUGAUAUACGACGCAAAAAAGUUCUAUUCUUACAUUGAUUCGUUCGACAUGGCUGACUGCGUGCAGUGCCUAAAAAGAGCAAUGGCUUACGUAUCAGCCUAUUACUACAUUUAUCACGGAAUCAGACAGUACAACGAGUGGCCAAAGUUGAUGGACGAAUUGAAGGAAUUCGAUCAAAAGAUCAAGAAGGAAAUGUCAAUGAAUGACCAGCCUAUAAAAAUUGUCGAGGCGUUAGCAAUUUUUGCGACCAUCUUCUAUAUGAUCAUUCCACUUGUAUAUUAUAUCAUUCAAUAUGUAACGAUAUAUUUCCCGUCCUUCUUACCGUUUCAUGAUGUGGUAUUAGUUCAGUCGUUGUUUAAUAGCUUUGUCUUCGACGUUGUUGUCUACGUGUUAUAUUGCAGAUAUAAAACGAUGAAUAAAUUGAUCGGCCAGUUGGAUAAGUUACCCGAUCCGCUCGCAUUCAAGAUUAGACGCAUCAGAGAAUUGCACACCGAUAUUCAUAAUCUCGUCAGCAAAGUAAACGAUAUUUACAGUCUUCAUCUCCUCUUCUGCUCAGCGAAUAGCUUCACCAUGGCUGUGGCCUCGCUAUUCCAAUUAUACUACUUUUUGGACAUAGAGGCAACUUAUAUGUUUUUAUUGCUGCAGAACUUUCUUUGCAUUGUGUUUGUCGCGCAAUUUUAUUUGACUUGUUGGACAUGCACGCUCGUGCGUGAAGAAUCCAAUAGGACUGGGAGAAUCAUAUACGAAAUAAUAUUUAAAUGCAAACCUGUCCUUGAUAAGCACGAGGCGAGUAAUCUAUUGAGUCUAGAAGUGCAACCUCCACUAGAAGAUGUGGACAGCGAGCAAAGCUUUAAUCGGAGCAACAGUCACAAUGUAAUUUACAUCGAUAUGAAAAAUCUCUUGCGUAGAUAUCUGGAUCGAGAGUGUAUCACAAAAGAGAUCAACGAUUUCUCACUUCAACUGCAACAACAUCGAAUAGCAUUUACGGCCUGCAAUUUCUUCGAAAUAAAUAAUAAUUUGUUCAGAGGUUUCGUCGGGUUGUUCAUCACUUAUCUAAUAAUCGUCAGUCAACUUAAACGACAAUCUGGUGAAGAUUUUCGCGAACUGCGAAAAGAUAUUAUGGAAAUAAAAAAGGAAAUUUCUGGAAUGUUUCUGAAAGGAAAUCAAACUGACUCGCAGAAUUAACAAGUAAAGAUUCUGUUACGAUAAAAUCUUAGAGAUCAUUUUCAAGAUAUUAGGGACAGGUAUGAUAAAAGAGUUUGAAAACCAGGCUAGUAGGUAAACGUUUCGUGGCGUAUCGUACUAAAUGUUAUAAGAUUUGCUCAAAUUUUCAUUGUCUUAUUCACAUCAAAAAAUUAAUGAGCCAGCACCAAGAUUGUUUUAAUCUAGUCUUAUGAGUUUAUCCAUUUAAGAAUGUUGAAGAUAAUUAAAUCCGAUACGAUUAUAAGACAGUCAUACUUUAUUGUCAUACUCUAGUGGUGCAUAUUGGCUAAUGCUAAUGUCGGCAGUAAACGUCAUUUUUCGGAAAAAUGUACUGUAAAAAAGUGUGUUUUUGUAACUUGGUUAAAAAAAAAUCCUGGAGAAAUUAAAAAAAAAGCAUUUUGAAGGCAAAAUGUACUUAUGUGAAGCUUUACUUGAAAUGUUCGAAAAAAAUUCGUUUGACGAGCUGCAAAGUGUCAAAAAUACGAAAUUUUAAGGAACAAAACAAGGUGUUUGUUUUUACUGCAUACAAGAAAGUUGAAAGAACUUUGAAAAUCUGUUGAUAGAGCGUUAAAGUGAAACUUUAAGCUUCAAAAUACUUUUUUCAUUUUUUAUUUUUGAUAAUUUUUCGCCGAGUUACAACCAUUUGAAAAUAGCCUAAUUUUUGGUGACUAGAAAGUGUUUCCUAUUUUUUUUUGAGUAGUGUAUAAGAAAAGAAAUAUUUCUUAUUUAAAAUGUUUUUUAUAAUAUAAUAGUAGACAGUAUAAAGUUUUUAUUGUUAUAAUUUAUUUUCCUUAGACAUAGUGAAUGAUAGUUGAUAAAGUAUGUUUUCAACAAGUGCAGCGUAUAUACCGUGAUUACUUUAUCGUAUGAAUAUUCAAUAGUCAGGUGUAUUUGUUAAUUUUAAUAAUAAUGAAUAAUAAUGCCUAUAAUAACUAUUAAAGUGUAACGUACAUGUUGUUGCUGAACAAAAAGCGUUCAGAUGGUUAUUAUAUUAAGGAAGUAAAUGUAAAAAACUGAUUUUAAUUUAUGAACAAAAUAUUAGUAGACAUACAGUGCAAAGUAAUACAAAUAUUUACAUUAUUGCAACAUAAAGGACACAACGCAUUUAUCGAUUUACAAAAAAUAUAAUUUUAUUUCUGUAAUUAUCUUAAUUUAUUCUUAUCAUUGACCACUUAUAUUUUCUUGUUUCCAUUUGCACAGACAAAACGUAAUUAAUUACAUUAUU